AUGUUCGACCUCCUGAGGCCGUCCUUCUGCAGUGGUGCCCGCCGGUUCCUCCAGCGGCCGGAGGACUUUCCUAAGGCCCACCUUGCCCUCAGGGCGCUGGCGGCCCGGUACAGACACCGCUAUCUGAACGAUCUGGACUUCGAUAACGUCUACGUCAACGCCCUGUUCGAGGAUCUGGACCGGCGGGCGGCGGAGGGGGGCGGAGCCUCGGUGCUGCCACUGACCCGGAGAGAGGCCGCCACCUACAUCAGCCCACUUUUGCCCCGGCUGUCUGGGCGGGAGCGGCGCGCCGUGCUGGGGGGCGUGGCCUCGGUGCUCAGGAACGCGGCGGUGGGCGGCCUGCUGGUGGCGCUGGACUUCCUGGUUUUCUGGAUCCUGGACCAGGUGCACCACCAGGUGAAGUCGGACGUGGUGGCCAGAGCUCCGGUCUCGGUGGAGGUCCAGGUUAACGGGUCGGGCUACGCCUCGGACAUCUUCAGGGACCUGGUGGCCUCCUUCAACGUUCUGCAGGGGGGAAACAUCACGGUGUUCAGCAGGAAGUGCCUCCUGGAGCCGGCCGAACCCGACUACAGCACCUGCUUCCUCCUGGGUACCACACGCCGCUACGCUCCAGUCUCGGUGGAGGUCCAGGUUAACGGGUCGGGCUACGCCUCGGACAUUUUCAGGGACCUGGUGGCCUCCUUCAACGUUCUGCAGGGGGGAAACAUCACGGUGUUCAGCAGGAAGUGCCUCCUGGAGCCGGCCGAGCCCGACUACAGCACCUGCUUCCUCCUGGGCUUCCUGCUGGGCCUGGCCCUGCUGGUGUCUGUGGGCAGAGGCUUCGCGCAGCGCUGCCGACGGCUGAUCUGCGCCGCCUACCACCCGGAGCGAGAGCUGGAGCGGAUAAGUUACCUGCACCAGCAGAUCCUGGAGCAGCGGCGGGCGCUGGGCCGGGCCCUGAGGACGUCAGGGCUCAGGAAAAGGGCCGGAAAGGGGGGGCCCAGAACCGGACCCGGAACCAGAACCGGGCCCGAACCUGGAACCGGACCUGGACCCGUACGGCGCCGGCUGCAGGCCCUGCUGACGCGGCCUCUCCUGUCCCGCCUGCUGGGCCCGGCGCCCGGCGCCUCCUGCCUGUCCUGCGAUGAGAAGCUGAGGCUGAGGGACGAGGACACGGUCACCUGCGAGGCCCCCGGCUGUCCAGGUAACAACCCCUAG